ACAAAGAAAGCCCUAAAUGUCAUCUUGAUCUUCCUGCCUUUUCCCAUCUUCUAAGGUUUCAACCACUCUCUCUCUCUCCUUGAUCUCAGCUUUUCUCACCUCCACGCAGCUACCACCUUCUCCGGCCUACCGCUCCGCCUCCGCCCUCCUCCACGCCGGCCGUCGCGAGCAGCAAAGCCGGAUCCGUGACUACGACACGAGAUUCAGCAGCGAACGUCUUCUUCAGCGUUUUUACCUGCGCUUGCGAACGCUGCACCAACAGCAAUUUCCGGCGACAGUACAACACGUGUUUUGUGUUCGAAUUGGUGACCCUAGAAAGACAAUCCUAACACAAAAUAGUCUCCAAUCAGAUGGUAUCACUUGUUAGGGUUUAGCACAAAAUAUGUGGAGGAUCGUUUUCAAUAACUGAUUGCCUUAGCAACCAAACGUAGGGGAGAGUCUGUUGUCUGAUUUUUGUGGCUGAAUUAAGGGGUGGGAGAUGUCGUUCGAUCUGAUGCUGAAGCCGUCGUGCAGUGGAUGUGGAUCCACGACGGAGUUGUAUGGAAGCAAUUGCAAGCACAUGACGUUGUGCUUGACCUGUGGCAAAACUAUGGCUGAGAACAAGGGCAAAUGUUAUGACUGUGGGGCUACUGUAACUCGCUUAAUAAGAAUUUAAGAAUUUUCAUAAUAGCGUGGAUUGAGUACUGUCUGCCUUCUCUUUCUGAGAGUGCAUGAUGAACUAUAUUUUAGGAAUACAAUGUUCGAGCAAGUGCAAGUAGCGACAAGAACUACUUCAUUGGUAGGUUCAUGAGCGGGCUGCCGAACUUUUCGAAGAAGAGAAAUGCUGAGAAUAAAUGGUCUCUUUACAAGGAUGGUCUACAAGGGCGCCAACUUACAGAUGCCCUUCGGGAAAAAUACAAGAAUAGACCCUGGCUCUUGGAAGAUGAAACGGGCCAAUUUCAAUUCCAAGGUCAUCUUGAGGGCUCACAAUCAGCAACAUAUUACUUGCUUGUAUUGCAAGGAAAGGAAUUUACUGCCAUUCCUGCAGGUUCUUGGUACAACUUCAACAAAGUGGCACAGUAUAAGCAACUUACAUUGGAGGAGGCCGAAGAAAAAAUGAAGAAUCGAAAGAAGACAGCAGAUGGAUAUGAAAGAUGGAUGAUGAAAGCUGCAAGUAAUGGUCCUGCUGCAUUUGGUGAAGUUGAGAAGUUUGAUGACAAAGAAGGUGUUGGUACUAGUGGUAGGGGACGGAGAAAACCUACUGGUGAUGAGAAUGAAGGCAAUGUCUCGGAUAGGGGAGAAGAAGACGAAGAAGAAGAGGCACAAAGAAAGAACAGAUUGGGACUCAAUAAAAAGGGUGGUGGCGAUGAUGAUGAUGAGGAAGGUCCUAGGGGUGGUGACCAUGACUUGGAUGAUGAUGAUAUUGAGAAAGGAGACGAUUGGGAGCACGAAGAGAUUUUUACUGAUGACGAUGAAACUACUGCUCCGGAUCGUGAAGAAAGGGAGGAUUUAGCCCCCGAAGUUCCUGCACCUCCAGAAAUCAAGCAGGACGAAGACGAUGAGGAUGAAGAAAAUGAAGGGGAGGGGGGGCUGAGCAAAUCUGGGAAAGAGUUGAAGAAACUGCUUAGGCGUACUGGGGGGCUUAAUGAUUCAGAUGGAGAGGAUGAUGACGAUGAUGACGAUGUGGAUGAGGACACUGGUGGCACUCCCGUCUUACCUUCGAAGCAGAAGGAUACAGUUAAAGAAGAAGCUGCAGCAAACAGUCCCUCAAAACCAACACCUUCUGGAUCUGCUAAGGGGACCCCUUCAACUGCAAAGACGGCAAAGGGGAAAAGGAAAAAUGGCGAGGAUGUGAAACCAUCCAGUGCACCUCCAAAGAAAAUGAAAACAGAGACAGAAUCCAAGUCUACAGAUGAAGUAUCUACUUCUAAAAGUACAGCCUCAAAAGGUGCCCCGGCAUUGGUCAAAACUGAACCAGCAUCGCAUUCUGGACCUGUUACUGAGGAAGAAAUUAGGGCUGUCUUGCGGCAAAGGACACCUGUAACUACACAGGAUCUUGUCGCAAAAUUCAAAGCAAGAUUACGAACUCCAGAGGACAAGAAUGCUUUUGCUGAAAUCCUUAGGAGAAUUUCAAGGAUUCAAAAGACAAAUGGGGGACCGAGUUACGUGGUAUUGAGAAAACCUGAAGACUAGAAGAAUUAAGUUAAUGUUUCAUCUUUGUGAUGUAGCUGAUUCAUGAUUCCUUACUGGUUGGUGUGUUAUGGCUGUCGAAUACAAUGUUUGUGUUGAAACUCUACACUGCAAAAGCUUAAGGGGCCUCCUCGUUCACAUGUGAUGAACUCGAUAUGUUACACUUUUAUCUAGGCAAAGGCAAAGGAUAAAUUUGUGGCUUUGAAAGAGGCAUUUGCUGUUGGAAUUUUAAGUUGUAAGAGAUAUAGGUAUACGUUGAGAAAGAAACCAAAAAAUCUUCAGACCCUUUUGUCAUAUUGAUUGUCAUAUUAAUUUUGGCAUUUUCUCAAAGACGUUUCUAAAAUAAUGCAUGGAGUAAAGUAAUGUUAAAAUAAA